ACCGUGCGCAUGUUCUGAGUUUUCUGAUCGCUCUCUGAGAGAGUUCGACGCGGCGGUUGCAGAAGAAGAUUGCAAUAUGAAGUUCAACAUUGCGAAUCCCACCACUGGAUGCCAGAAGAAGCUCGAGAUUGACGACGAUCAGAAACUGCGAGCAUUUUGGGACAAGAGGAUCUCACAGGAGGUCAGUGGAGAUGCACUUGGUGAGGAAUUUAAAGGCUAUGUGUUCAAAAUCACUGGAGGUUGUGACAAACAAGGAUUCCCAAUGAAGCAGGGAGUGUUGACCCCUGGUCGCGUUCGUCUCUUGCUUCAUAGGGGAACUCCUUGUUUCCGUGGAUAUGGAAGGCGUAAUGGAGAGCGAAGGAGGAAGUCUGUUCGUGGGUGCAUUGUCAGCCCAGACCUCUCUGUUCUGAACUUGGUAAUUGUGAAGAAAGGUGAAAAUGAUUUACCAGGGUUGACUGACAUUGAGAAGCCAAGGAUGAGAGGUCCAAAAAGAGCAUCCAAAAUCCGUAAACUCUUCAAUCUGUCUAAGGAAGAUGAUGUUAGGAAGUAUGUGAACACAUACCGUCGAACAUUCACAACAAAAUCUGGGAAAAAGGUGAGCAAAGCUCCUAAGAUUCAAAGACUGGUCACUCCUCUUACCCUCCAAAGAAAGCGGGCAAGGAUUUCUGAUAAGAAGAAGAGAAUUGCCAAGGCAAAAUCAGAGGCAGCUGAGUACCAGAAACUCCUUGCCUCCAGGUUGAAGGAGCAGAGGGAGCGCCGCAGUGAGAGUUUGGCUAAGAGGAGAUCCAAGCUUUCUAGCGCUACUAAGGCAGCUGCCCCUGUAUAGGCUGCUUUCAGAUAUAGAGAUAUGAUGAAGUUUAAUCGUGUAUUUUCUGGUAUUGUUUUUAUAUGACGGCUGUUAUGAACACAGUAGUUUUGCUAUUUUUGAACACAAUGAGUUAUUGAAGCAUUUCUUAUGUAGUGUUACUUCUCGAAUCAUAUUUAACUUGUUGGAAUUAUCGAUUUCAUGUUUUAACUUCAUCCCAUUUUAUGCAUGUUUAGUAGAUG